UUAUCAGGUGACAUGUCACGUGACGAAAUGAAUUUCAUUUUCAUAUCCACAUCCACGACCACAACAUCAUUCAUAACAUGGCAAAAGAGGUGGAAAAUUUCAAUGGUUGUUAUUGCCUAGUGAGCACCAAUCCAUUCUAUAAGGGAAGAACAUAUAUUGGUUACACAGUGGACCCAAAAAGGAGAGUUGGGCAACACAACAAAGGUUCAAAAUUUGGAGGAGCGUACAGGACGAGUGGAAAGGGUCCGUGGGAUAUGGUACUGAUCAUAUUUGGCUUUCCAAAUGAAAUAACAGCACUAAGAUUUGAAUGGGCAUGGCAGCAUCCAACAAAGUCAAGACGACUGCGGCACAUCUCUCGUAAGACCCAUAAAGAGACAGCAUUUCAGUACCGCUUCCGAGUUGUCUCCAACAUGCUUCGUGUUGGACCCUGGUGUCGUCUUCCUCUCACAAUUCAGUGGCUCAUGCAAGAAUACAAGCAAGACUUUGAUGUCAGGCUGCAACCCCCAAGUCACAUGCCCAUAUCGUAUGGUCAGGUGACCAGUACAAAGGUCAGUGGCUAUGGGAACCCAAGGCGGAUGAAGAAAAGAAAAGGAAAGAAGGAAAAGAGCUCAGAUUCUCAGGAGGUUCCGGAUGAAGACGAUGAUGUAGUAGCAAUGCCUUCAAGUCAGACUGCUGGCAAACGAUGCAUUAUUUGUGGAAAAAGAUUUAUGGAUGAUGACACCAUGCUGACUUGUCUUUACCCAUCAUGCAAAGCAGAGUAUCACAUGACCUGCCUUUCAAAGUGCUUCCUGAAACAUGAGCCUGACCAACUCUUGCCUGUAGAGGGCUCCUGUCCAUCCUGCAAGGAGACUGUCUUGUGGGGUGACCUGAUUAGGAAGAAACAAGGCUGCUAUGCAAACUUGGCAGAGAUAUCAGAAGAUGGUGAAUCCGACCACUGGGCUGAAGAGCUUAGAUCAACAGAUACAGCAUGAAAAUGAAGAAAAAAUACACACGUGUCAUGGUCUAUGGGGACAUGAGGCUAUUUUGCCCAUUUACCUGCACUGCAGAGCCUUCAGUCAUGCGUGGAGAUGACGCCAGUGAUGUAUGGGGCCAUUCAGUGAUGGAAGAGUGAUGUAGAACUGCAUUUGUCAUUCUCUAACAAUGUUCAUUUAUUUCUGAACGGUUUUGUUGAUUUCAUGAACAUGGCGGUACAUCACAUAUCCUGUUUUAAUAGGCCUUGUGUGGACUUUGUCGCCAUCAUGACAUUGCUGUGGCAAAAAAAAGGCAGGGUAAUAUUCCUAACUGAGGUGUUAUUGGAUAGGAGCCCCAUGAACUAUUAGGCCUUACAGGGGAAGUUCACCCUGAAGGAAAAUUUGUUGUAAAAAUAGCAUGAAAAAUAAUGAAAAAAUAUUGGUGAAGGUUAGAGAAAAAUCCAUUAAAUUUAAGGAAGUUAUAAGAAUUUAAAGUUUUGGAUAUGUGACGUCAUAAACAAGCAGCUGCCCCAUAUGUUAUGUAAUGUAAAAUACAUAAAUUUCAAUUUUUUAAGGUUCAGGAUGACUUAGUUUUGUUUUCUUUUAAUGGGUGUGAAAUUAUUUGUCGAUUGAUAUGCUAAAGGUACAGCAAAAACCUUUUUUAAAUUUUCUGAGAAAAUGACAUUUCAUUAAUUUUUUUCACCAUACAAUAUUUAGGAAAGCUGCUAACAUAUGACAUCACAAAUCAAAUAAUUAAAGUUCUAUUAUCUUUUUAUUCUUAGAUGGAUUUUUCUCAAACCUUCAGCAGUAUUUUUUUUCCUGCUAUUUUUACAUCAAACCUUUUGUCAAGGUGAAUUUCCCCUUUAAAUGAUAACCAGAUCAGACAUCAGAUUUAGGAAUAUUUUGUUGGUGUGCCUAUGCGUAACUGAUGCAAUAUGACAGUAUUUGACAGUAGCCCAAACAAUAGUCAAUGUGCCAGAAGCGGACAAUACCACUGCCAAUUUCUAAACUUGAUCACCGACGUACUAUUCUUUCGUUGAAUAUGAACACCACAUAAUGCUAAGUUUGGAAAGUUUAUGCAACAUCUUCAUUUAAAAGUAUUAGUGCCUGUUGUAAUGAAAAAUGGGAGAGGUUAUUUAGGAAAAGUUUAUCAUGAGCUAUGAACUGGCUUAUUCUCGCACUCUUAUUUACCAUUAUUUUGAAGAAAUUUAUGGCAGAAGGGAAAUUGAUUUGAUUUGUAUACAAGUGAUGAGUGUCUGGAAGGGAAGAAAUAGAAAUCAUGCAUCUUCUAACAAGUGCAGAUAUGCAAAGAUGAUGGAAUGAAAGCCAUCAACAUCACAAAUUCAUUAACACUAUUGCAACAUUUUUUAAAAAGUGGUCUGAAGUGCUGAUGAUAAACAUCGAAGGAUGACUAAGUUUUAUAUCUAUUUGCUUUAGUAUGAAAGCUGGAUAAACAGUGCUUUGAUGUCCAUUCAAAAUUUACUGUGCAUUAUGUGAUUGACUACUAGUAUUCUUUCUAAAAAAGGCAACAUAAGUUGUAAAAAAACUCGGUCUAACUGCAAAAGGUAAUCUCUAUUCGUCUCUUGUCAAACUAUCAGAUGAAUCAUCUUACCAUCUCAAGAGUCUUAAAAUGAGGGUUGUCUGGACAUUGUUGUGAUGUUAUUGCUGUGAUUUCUGGGAGUUAAGUUAGUUGGACUAGAGUCUGGGGCCUGUUUCACGAAGGUGGCAACUACCAUGGCUCAACAGCCAAUCACAAUCAAGGUAUCCAUAGGAGUUGACAAUGAUAUCAUAGCCACCAAAUUUGUUGCUUUUCUGAAAAA